AUGAAUUUGCCUCUGGACGUCUCAGGGGCUCUGAUCCCCGGGGAGCUAGCCAGCAGAGGGACCCGAAGCGGCUCUGUGCUGGCGGAUGCCGACAUGGUGCCCCUGCUGCUGCUGCUGCCCCUGCUGUGGGGGGCUUCCCACCCACUUCGCUCCCUUCCAUCCUCAGACCAGCUCCCAUUUCUCCGGAAGGCUGACAGGACCACCAGGACUGUUGACUCAUCGGCCCCAGUGAGCUCGUCCUUGGUGCUUGUCUCAGGGCCCGUCUUUCUGCAUCAGGAAGGGGGCGGAGCGAGGGUGAGACAGCCCUUGGCUCCACCCACUCAUCUGAGCAUCUCUCACCCAGAUCUGAAUGGCACAUCACUGCCCAUCCUGGAGGGCCAGUUCCUGCGCCUGGUCUGUGUGGCCGACAGCAACCCCCCUGCCAGGCUGAGCUGGCUCUGGGAGGGGAAACCCCUGAGCCCGUCCCAGCGCUCAGACCCCGGGGUCCUGGAGAUACCCCGCGUGGGGGUCGGGGAUGGAGGAGAAGUCACCUGCCGAGCUCAGCACCCGCUGGGCUCCCAGCAAGUUUCCUUCAGCCUCUCUGUGCAGAAAGGCCCCCCUUCCUGCAGCUGUGAGACUGAGGAGCCGCAGGGCUCCUGGCCCCUGGUCGUCACCCUGAUCAGAGGGGCCCUCAUGGGGGCUGGCUUCCUCCUCACCUAUGGGCUCACCUGGACCUACUACACCAGGUGUGCUGGCCACUCGGGUGCUGGGUUGAGGGGUGUGGCCGCGCCUCGCUCCCUGUCAUGAGGAGAUUCACCUGAGAAUGCAGAGCCCAGAGGACAGAUGUGGGGACAUCACUGUCUGCUUCUCCCUGGAAACCCUCCAGUGAAACCCUGUGUUAUUUGCAUCCAUGGGCUUUUAUUUGUGGUGAUGACUGCAUGAUAACAGGAAGCGUCAACUCCAUUGAAAGGAGACUUUCUGACUCACCUCACUUAGUAUGAGAUUAUCCAUGUUCUUAUAUCAAUAACUCAAUGUUGGUUUUGCUAUGGUUUUUGUCUUGAAAGUGGUAUUUUAUGUAUGACUAUUCCUCCAGUUAUGUAUGAACCCUAAAAUACGAUGACAUUGUAUUUGUUUCCUUGUUUUGGCUCUUUCAACAUAUCGUUGAUAUGAAUGUUGUGAUGAAAAUAGGAAGGCUAGCAAGUUUUCCUGGUGGGUAUGAAACUGCAUAUAUUUAGUUCUAGAAGGUACCCUCAAAGGGUUCUCUUGAGUGGUCAAGUGAAUUUCCAUCCCCCCAUCAUAUUUGAGGGUUCUGAGCUGUCUGUAUCUUCAGCAUCACUUAUAUUACCAGCAGACUCAGUUUUCAGUCUUGCCUUCCACUGUGGCAGUGUCUCCAUACCUUUUUAUUUCCUUUAUGUGUGAUAUUGAGCUAUUUUAAUAUCUUCUUUGGUGAAAUUCCUGUUUGA